AUGACAGGAGCUAUCCAAUUUGGCGCCCUCGUGCUCCUGUUCCCCCUGAUUGCCGCAAAAAGUGUCCCGGCGAAGGUCCCCGGAUUUGAGCAUACCAAAUCCGACAAGGAGAUCGAAUACAAUUCAGCCAAUGUUUCACCACCCACGAAAGGAAUGUUCAACGCCAAACUCGAAAACAACGUCAGUUUGCUGCUGGAUCGGCUGAUAGCCAGUCAUGAUCGGCGGAUACGACCGAAUUAUGGAGGUCCACCUGUCGAAGUGAAUGUGACAGCUCAUGUAACUACCAUAUCUGCUAUUUCUGAAGUCUCAAUGGACUACACCGUCGAUCUCUACCUACGUCAAAUUUGGCGCGACCCACGAUUAGCAUUCGAAUCUGCCGAACAGUCCUCUUUGACUAUAGGUAUUGAAAUGGUACAGCAAAUCUGGACGCCAGACACCUUCUUUCCCAACGAGAAAAAGUCGUUUUUCCAUGAAGCCACUUCUCACAACUCUUUCCUGCGUAUUGAUAGUCAGGGAAAUGUGUUGAGAAGCAUACGACUGACAGUCACAGCGAAUUGCCCUAUGAAUCUGCAUACGUUCCCAUUGGACGUGCAAGUAUGCGCACUGGAGAUUGAGAGCUACGGCUAUUCAACACGGGAUAUCAUCUACCAUUGGCAUCAGACGAAUUCCGUGACGAUGGACCCGAAUGUUCAUUUGGCGCAUUUUUCGAUUGGCGAGCACUAUCAUGUCGAACGGACCAUAUCUUUAUCUACCGGUAACUACUCUCGGCUCACAGCUUAUUUUACUUUCCAACGCAACCUCGGGUUCUUUCUAAUCCAAAUAUAUUUCCCGUCCUCACUGAUUGUCGUAAUUUCUUGGGUUUCAUUCUGGCUGAAUCGCGAAGCCGUGCAAGCCCGCGUGGGAAUCGGAGUAACGACGGUGCUGACAAUGACCACACUAAUGACGAGCACAAACUCAAGUUUGCCCAAGGUCAGCUACGUGAAAAGUUUGGACAUAUUUUUGGGAGUUUGCUUUUUCAUUGUAUUUGCAUCUUUGGUGGAAUAUGCGACAGUUGGAUAUUUGAUGAAGCGGAAUCGAGCCGCGUUGAAUCAGAAUCCGAUUCAAUACUAUGAAAGUAGCGAAGGGGAAUUGCGGCGGAACACGGUCGCCAAAAAAAAGAAGAAAAAUGUGAAGGUGGAAUUAGAGCCCGUGAACGCUUCGGAUCAACGGGUGCCACUAUUAGCCAUGAUGCCAACGCUGCCAAUCCCAUUCCAACCCCAACCCUACUUCCGGUCUGUCAGACCAGCACAAGUGGAUUUGUUCUCACGCGUAGCAUUCCCCUCAUUUUUCAUCAUCUUCCACAUCGUCUACUGGGGCGUCUAUCUAAACGUA